CCCAGCCUCAGUUUUCCCCUCUGCAAGCUGUGCCCCCUUGCCAGGCUCCGGUGAAGUUCCAGGCCGAUUACGGGGUGGAAACUGCUUUGUGAAACGCGUCUCGCUGCUGAGCGGAGUAACAGCCAUGUCCGAGGGAACAGAGCAACGGGGGCUGAGCCGAAAGCCUCACUGAGGGUCAGGCCCCAUGCCGCAGCCUCCCCGGGUGGGCGCUGGCGCCUUUCUGCAAGUCCCCGGGCUGCUGUCUCGAUGGGUGGGUCCAAGGCGUCAAAGGCCAAUGGAUGUGCGGGGGCGGGGCUUCGCCGCUGCUCCGCACCCUCAGGCCUGUGGGCGUGGUCUGGGUGCCUAAGCCAAUGAGAGUGUGGAGGCGGGGCCUGAAUAGGAGCUGGAAACUGCGGCCGCCGAGGGGCUGCCCGCCUGCCUUCAUGCUGCCCCUGCGCCUGCGCCGGCUGUGGCCCCACAACCCUCCCACUCGGUUCUUCGCAGCGGCCGCCCGGCAGCGCCCCUGCAGGUUUGGGCCUCUCUCCACAGGUCUGGCCCCAGUAACUACUAUGAACUGUUGGGGGUGCACCCUGGUGCCAGCGCUGAAGAAGUUAAACGAGCUUUCUUCUCCAAGUCCAAAGAGGAUAGGUCAUGGGAAGGGAGAUGAGGGGAGUCCUGCCCCACCCCAGCUGCACCCUGACCGGGACCCCAGGAACCCAGCCCUGCACAGCCGCUUUGUGGAGCUGAGUGAAGCGUACCAAGUGCUGAGCCGUGAGCAGAGCCGCCGCAGCUAUGACCACCAGCUGCGCUCGGCAGCUUCCCCAGAGUGUCCGGGAACCACAGCCCAUCCCAGGUCUGCUCAUCAGGCACACAGCAGCUCCUGGGCACCCCCCAAUGCAAAAUACUGGGCCCAGUUUCAUGAAGUGUGGCCUCAGGGACCAGAGUCAAGGCAGCAGCAGCACAAGCACAACCGGCGGAUGCUGGGGUACUGCCUCCUGAUCAUGCUGGCAGGCAUGGGCCUGCACUAUGUUGCCUUCAGGAAGCUGGAGCAGAUGCAUCGAAGCUUCAUGGAUGAAAAGGAUCGGAUCAUCACAGCCAUCUACAAUGACACUCGGGCCCGGGCCAGGGCCAACAGAGCCAGGCCCCAGGAGGAGCAACGGCAGGGGCAGCAGCUGCAGCCACCACCGGGACCUCCUCAAGGCCCCGGGAUCGUGCCCCCCGGCCCCAGCCCCUGAGCGGCUCACCUUGGAGAGCUCACCUCGGAUGGGGCCUGCGGUGUGCUCCCUUCUGGGACACCCCACUCCCCCAAAUGCGUGCAAUAAAGUGAUUCUCAGAGCUCUUGUGUGGCUCGCUCCUACAGGCCCAGAGCCCCCGGCCCGAGCCCCGCCCUCCGGGUUCUGGCGGCGGCAACCCGGGAGCCCGGCCCCCUGGGCGGUGCGUCCCCUUUCCCCUGCUGCGGCAGGAGGUGGGGUGUGUGUAGAGGGGGCGGGCCCCGCCGGCGGCCUCGCCCCCCCUCCCCCACCCCGCCCCCGCCCCGCGGCCCGGUGGGGAGCGCGUGUCUGGGUCACA